AUGGUAGCAACUCUACGCCUCCUCCUGGCCGCUCUCGUUGCCCCGUCUUUGUCGGGCUAUCAGCUGGCCUACGCCCAACAAGUCACGAUCAACAAUGUCGAGCAUACCUUCUAUGGCUAUCCCGACAACAGCCCACCUGGCGCAGGAACAGCAUACUCCUGCGGCUACGGCAGAGGCUACACCGCCGGCGGCAAAGGCACCUACGCCGACCCCUUGACCUUCGCCACCGCCCCCGGCGAGUUCAACAAGUGCGAGAUCAUCUACGACGAGUACACGCGCAAAUACCUCGUCUUCCAAGACACGUGCGCCAAAUGCAUCAAGGAUUGGGCCAAGGGCAUCUAUCACAUUGAUAUCUGGACCGGCUCGUCGACGGUCAAUGGUGGCAAGGCGCAGAUUCAGUGCGAGGAUGCUUUGACUCCCAAUCAGGGCCAGCCGGUUGUGAGGAAUGAUACGACGAGUACUGCCUUUAGAGUUCAAUCCAGCUGGGCCCUUGUAUAA